AUGUGGUGGGCCCUCGAACAGAAGAGGGUAUCACCUAAAUAUAUAUCCCUUAUCAAGGAUAUGUACGAGAGAGUGGUCACAGGGGUCAGGACGUGUGACGGUGUCUCGAAUGAUUUUCCUAUAAAAAUAGGACUACACCAAGGGUCAGCGUCGAGCCCAUAUCUGUUUGCAUUAAUACUGGACCAAGUCACGAAGGAUAUACAGGGGGAGAUCCCUUGGUGUAUGCUCUUUGAGGAUGACGUGGCACUUAUUGGGGAGUCCAAGCAAGAGAUAGAAGGUAAGAUGGAGAUGUGGCACCAUACCCUGGAAGCGAAGGGCUUCAGACUCAGUAGAACAAAGAGCGAGUAUCUGAAGUGUGAUUUUGACGAAACCGGGACGGAGGAUGGAGAACUGUUACUAGACGGCCAGAUUGUACCAAGGAAAGAAUCCUUUAGAUAUCUGGGAUCUAUGAUUCAGAGUGAUGGGCUAAAUGGAGACUGCCAACUGGAGUCCUUUGCGAUCGUAAGGUCCAGUUAA